AUGAUUUCGACGCAUCGGGAAGUAAUGCAACACAUGCUGCCGCGCACAUGGUGGCCAAUUGGCUUCGAGCAAAGCGAAAAAAAUGUCUUUCUCCGCGCGGCUACGGCGCACGUGCCUGGGAGCCAGGGCCAUCACUUCCCAAACGAGUGCACAGGAAAAAAAAAUAAUCCGGGUACCAAGGGCUCCACCACGUUUAUGCAAUUUAGAGUAAACAGCGUGCAGUCUCUCACGUUGGAGGCAAUUCACCAUCGGCAGGGCCCCAGAUCGGCUUAUAAAUUCUCGAGAUCCCGCAAUUGUCCCGUGUCACAAAUGCAAUUCACUUCUCUUCUCGUUCUUGCGACCUCCAUGGUUGCAGCUUCCGCUAAAAACAUUCUUCUCACCAACGACGACGGCUGGGCUGCCACCAACAUUAGGGCCUUCUACAGAGACCUCAAGGCAGCUGGCCACAACGUCGUCAUGGUCGCACCUGCUGUGCAGAUGUCUGGCAACGGUGGAAAGUUCCAGCUUGCGGCCUCCAACACGCUCGAGACAGACGCUGAAUUCGGAUACCCACCAGCGGGCUCUCCUUCGUGGGGCCACGAGGAGAACGACCUGAACAUGUGGUACUACAACGGCACGCCUGCUGCUUGCGUGGCGGUGGCCUUGGACUACAUUCUGCCCACCUAUUUCAACAACAUGACCGUCGACGUCGUCCUUGGCGGUCCGAACGAGGGAGACAAUCUCGGAGAAAGAGAUUUCGUUCUUUCCGGAACGAUUGGGGCCGUCUACUACGCCACAGAAAGAGGCUAUCCCGCCAUUGCGCUCUCUGCAGCAAAUUCCAACAACUCGUUCUUCAAAGACAACCUGGACGACGACCCCAACCACGCCCCUAACAUCUACUCCAGGAAGUCUGUUGAGCUGGUCAACGCUCUAUUUGAGAAGCAGGGUGACAACCAGAGAUUGCUUCCGCUUUCCACGGGGUUGAACGUCAAUUUCCCAGCUGCCGGUUCCGACCUUGGGUCUGACUGUAUGGACCCAGUGUUCUACCACUCGAGACUAACGGGCCAGGGCUUCUACGCCUAUGGUGCAGCAGUCAACGAGACGACCAAUACCGUUGAUUACGGCUCUGCUUAUCUCAACGCGCUUGGCGUGUGCUCUGCCGGCGAUUGCUCGCUGCCUGCUGAGUUUGAUAUCGUCAGCAACUGUGCUUCUUCCAUCUCUGUGUUCUCGCUGGACCCAGACUCUAAGAAAGACGUGACAGACGGUGUCAUCGCCAAGUUCGACUCUAUCCUGAGCUGA